AUGAAUCAAUGUAACUACUACUUCGAUUGUUUUGCAGCCGCCAAUUGGCCAAACCAAGGCGGCAGGCCCGCUUUGUUGCCGUUACUGUGGUCCUCUUUUGUUGAUGUUGGCGAGUACAAGGCCUGCCGAUUCCUCCGUCUUCACCAUAAUUCUCAUUAUCAUAGACGAAUAUCUGGAGAUUUCUUCCAGCUUCUUGAACGGUCAUUUGUGACUUCGUUGCCGCCUUCUCCUCCAGUUUAUGCGAAUUAUCGUCGAAACCACAUCAUGAGGUUCCAGAAAAGGAGGCGUUCGCCCUCUUACAAUGCGCUAUCUAGCCCACCAGACACGCACGAUGAUGGGAUUGAUAUCGAGAAACAAUUUGCCCGCAAAAACUAUCAUUACCGCCACGACAGUCACACUUCAUUAGACUGCGACAGCGGCGAUGACUCUGUCAGAUCCUCCUCCUCCUCCUCUGCAGCUUCCUCCUAUCCAAUGUUGAAUACCCCUGCUACCGCGAGACGGACUCGGACCAGGAUCGGCUUUUAUCGUGUCCCCCACCGAAUUAUGAGAUGGCUCUGUCUCGCUCUAUUUUCUGCCCUCCUCAUCUUUAUCCUCACUCUUUUCCGCUUUACCAUCAAAUCGCACGUCGCACCAGCCCCGCUCGAACUGCCUAAAGUUCCCCAGAAAGCACCCCAGUGGGAGAGUUUCCCCUUCCUGAAGCGCUAUCAUGGUGGUAUUCGGACACUAGUUCCCCGCAAAGGACAGGUUCCGGAGUAUCCCAACGACGACCCUGAAGGCAUGAUCUCUGACAUUGAAGUUAAUGUAAAUGCCACAAACAUUCAAUCUCGGGACCAGAUCUUGCCAUUCACUAGCUCAGCUUUUAAUCCUUACCCCGACUAUGCCUCCGAGGAAUAUGUUGAAAAGUAUGGUAAAAAAUAUGAGUGCUUCUUGGACGAUGAUGACACACUCCGAAUCCCUUGGGUUCACUAUUAUCCUGGAGUCCCAAAAGGUUUCCCAGAUGCUGUGAUGGGCUCAAAUGAGAUUUUAGGAAUUCAGGACGACAUUUGCUUCGAUCGUUUUGGACGCCUUGGUCCUUAUGGCUUGGGGUACAGUGUACGAAAAGGUGGCAUUGGCGCGGGCCUAGAAGGUCAUCGCGAAGGCUCGGAGCGUAUCUGGGACGAUUUCCCCCCAGUGGAUUUCCGCCGAGUAAACUGGGCGGCUGCCCAGAAUCGGUGCGCGUCUAUCAAUAGCCAUCGAUUCCAGGAUCUCCCUAAGCCGCAGCUUAACCGCUUUUACGCCAUGCCUGUCGGGAUUGAAAAUCGAGACAAACAACCGGACGAGACCCUUGUGAAUGAGAUUGAACAACCCCAAGGGAGAAAGCAGCGCCUACCUCGAACAGCAGUCGUGAUCAGAACAUGGCAUAAUUUCCAAUAUACUUCGGAGGAUAUCUUAUACCUGCGAUCAUUGAUCUCCGAGCUCUCACUCCUGUCCGGCGGAGAGUACACGAUUCAUUUCCUGGUUCAUGUGAAGGAUGAAAAUCUCCAGAUAUGGGCGGACGACAAAACAUACGAUCGGGUGCUCAGGGAUGCUCUUCCUGAAGAAUUCCGUGGGAUGGGUAUCCUUUGGUCAGAAAAGCAAAUGGCGCUCUUCUACCCGGGGUUGGAGGAAACGUUGGCUCGUGGGUUGUCUGUUCAUGGCGUAUAUCGCAGCACCUACAUGCCCAUGCAGUACUUUGCAUACCGACACCCAGAAUAUGAUUAUUAUUGGAAUUGGGAGAUGGAUACUAGAUACUCCGGCCACUGGUACCAUUUUUUUGACAAGGUAGUUGGCUGGGCACGACAACAGCCCCGAAAGGGGCUCUGGGAGAGAAACGCUCGUUUCUACGUUCCGUCUGUCCAUGGAUCCUGGGAAGAUUUUAGGCAAAUGGUUCGCGUGCAAACCGAAAUUGGUACCAACACCCCCAACAACAUGUGGAGUGCAGGGUCACCCGGAGACUUCUCUCGCGGUGACAAGAGUGCCCUCCGCCGUCUAGGUGAUAAGCCUAUUUGGGGACCACUGCGUCCCGAUGAGCAAGACAUUCUAGAGGUCGAAGGAGAAGGGAUCCCGAAAACGACGAUAGACAAGGAUCGGUACGAAUGGGGAGUCGAUGAAGAAGCUGACCUGAUUGUGUUCAACCCUCUAUAUGAUCCUGACAGCACAACCUGGCUACUUCGAGAUGAUGUUACUGGUUAUAACAAGGAGAACGGAAUGCCGCCACGACGAACGGCAAUCAUUACGGCUUCCCGGCUCUCGCGAAAAUUGUUGGACACCAUGCACAAGGAGACACUCUUCAAACGUCAUACCAUGUUCUCAGAAAUGUGGCCAGCCACCACCGCUUUACAUCACGGCUUCAAGGCAGUGUAUGUACCUCAUUCAGUUUAUAUCGAUCGCCGAUGGCCUAUCGAGUAUCUCGAAUCUGUUUUCAACGCUGGACGCAAUGGUGCAUCAGGAGGAGCACGGACGUCCGUCUUUGGAGACCGUGAACACAACUUCCGUGGCACAACGUGGUUCUACUCCGCGGGCUUUUCGCCAAAUCUCUGGAGGCGUUGGCUGGGCUACAAAGUUGAUAAUGAUGGUGGGGAGCAAGAGGAACUUGCUGGUGAAGGACGCAUGUGUUUACCACCAAUGCUCCUCCACCCUGUGAAAGAGGUGGAUAUGAUCAUCGAUGACGGGGUUGACGAUGAAGAGGAGAGUUCUGAGGAGUAA